AAUCUUUUUCUUUCUUUUACUUUCAUAAGAAAAAAAUAAACAAUGGUUUUAGCUGAUUUAGGACGUAAGAUUAAUUCGGCCUUCACCGAAUUAACAAAGGCCCCUGUUAUUGAUGAGAAAGUUCUUGAUUCCUUGGUUAGAGAAAUUUGUGGUGCUUUGCUUGCAUCUGAUGUCAAUGUCAUGCUUGUUCAAAAGUUACGUGCCAACAUCAAAAAGAAUGUCAACCUGGACGAGUUGGCCAAUGGUGCUAACAAGAAACGCAUGAUUGAAAAGGCUGUUAUGGAUGAAUUAUAUAACUUGGUCGAUCCUCAAGUUGAGCCUUAUAAACCUGUGAAGCGUCGUGCCAAUAUCUUUAUGAUGGUUGGCCUUCAAGGUGCGGGUAAAACAACCACCUGUACAAAGAUCGCAUCCUUCUAUCAACGCAAAGGCUGGAAAGUCGCUCUUGUCUGUGCAGAUACUUUCCGUGCUGGUGCCUUUGAUCAAUUGAAGCAAAAUGCCACCAAAGCUAAAAUCCCUUACUAUGGUAGCUACACUGAAUCAGAUCCCGUUGCCAUUGCAUUAGAAGGUGUGGAGAAAUUCAAGGCUGAUAAGUUUGAAAUUAUCAUUGUCGAUACAUCAGGUCGUCAUAAGCAAGAAGUUGAAUUGUUUGAGGAAAUGAAGCAAAUUUCCGCUGCUGUCAAACCAGAUACUACUAUCUUUGUCAUGGAUGGUACCAUUGGUCAAGCUGCCGAAUCCCAAGCAAAGGCUUUCAAGGAAGCUGCUGAUUUUGGUUCUAUUAUUAUGACCAAGAUGGAUGGUCAUGCUAAGGGUGGUGGAGCUAUUUCCGCCGUUGCAGCCACACAUAGUCCUAUUAUUUUCAUCGGUACCGGUGAACAUCUUCAAGACAUGGAACGCUUCGAACCUAGAUCAUUUAUUCGUAAAGUGCUUGGUAUGCAUGAUAUGCGUGACAUGAUUGAACAAGUGCAAGAUACAAUGCAAUUAGGCGACAACAAAAAACUGAUGAAGAAUAUCGAAAAAGGUCAAUAUUCACUUCGCGACAUGUACGAACAAUUUCAACAAGUCUCUAAAAUGGGCCCCCUUUCAAAAUUGAUGGGAAAUAUACCAGGUAUGCCUGCAGAGAUGUUGGCUGGUACGGAACAAGAAGGCACCAAGCGUAUUAAACGUAUGAUGUGUAUCAUGGAUAGUAUGACUGACACAGAGCUUGAUGGCGAUAAUAAGCCAUUUGAUGAUAUCAACAGAGUCAUUCGUGUUGCUCGUGGUUCUGGUACCACCGUGCAUGAAGUUCAAGAAAUUUUGACCCAAUAUACACGAUUUGCAGAGAUGGUUAAGACAAUGGGUGGAAAGAACGGCUUGAUGCAAAACAUGCCUACAGAUCCCAGAAAGAUGAACCCUAACCAAAUGGCUCAAAUUGGUAAAAUGCAACAAAGUAUGGCCAACCUUGUGCCUCCUCAAAUGUUACAGCAAAUGGGUGGCAUGGAGGGCAUUCAAAAGAUGGCAAGACAAAUGGGCGGUAUGUUUGGUCGUGGCGGCGGGGCUCCAGGUGGCGGUGGUAUGCCUGAUAUGAGUAAAAUGAUGGAAAUGAUGAAGAACUUUAGCUAAAAAAACUACACCAAAAAAAAAAAAAAAAAAAUCAC